AUGGAGGUCUGUGUUGCUCUUGGGCUGUUAAUUUCAGAGCUUAGUGAAGAGCCAUGGAAAGGGAAUGUGAUUACAUUCAGUGCCAAUCCUCAGUCUUUCAUAAUGAGUGUUCCCCCUUUGCUUUAUGCUUUCGGUGCUAAUUGGCACCCUAUGUAUCUUUUCCUCUCUAUAAAAGAGAGUGUACAUCUCCUUCUUCACAAAGUCGAAGGGAAUAGUCUUCUGGAAAAGACUAAAUUCGUAAGGGAGAUAGAAUGGGGCGGUAAUACCGACUUCCAGAGAGUUUUCGAUAGGAUCUUGGAAGUUGCAGUUGCUGGGAAUUUGAAUGAAGAUCAGAUGAUAAAGAAGGUCUUUGUUUUCAGUGACAUGGAAUUUGAUCAAGCAUCUGGGCAUAGUAGAUUUGGAAAUGGGUAUGGGUUUGGGUAUGGGUACAAUGGAUAUGGUAAUUUCAAUUCACAUAACGAUACAAGGCCAAAAGGGUGGGAGACGGAUUAUGAAGUGAUACAGAGGAAGUUUAGCGAGAAAGGGUAUAAGAAGGUACCGGAAAUUGUGUUUUGGAACCUCAGGAGCUCCCUUGCUACUCCGGUGACAGCCAAGCAGAGUGGAGUGGCACUGGUUAGUGGCUAUUCAAAAAACAUGGUUACCGUAUUCCUCAAAGAAGAUGGGCUUGUCAACCCAAAGACGGUGAUGGAACAUGCCAUUGCCGGUGAAGAGUACCAGAAACUAGUUGUAUAUGACUGAGUGAUAUGUCAAAUUGUUCAUUUUUCUUUUCAAGAAUCCAAAGUGUAACUCUUUGGCUUUUUGUUUUCAUUUGAGGUGAAUGGCUGCUUAUUUAUGGACUUUGAAUUUUAAUGAUCCCUG